AUGUUUCGGACUCUGUCGCGGUCGGUUUCUAUUGCCACUCCCCGCCUCGCCCGUGGCUAUGCUGAGGCCUCUGCGUCUAACGUGUUGAAGCUGUCGUUCGCUCUGCCCGACAACGCUCUGUACAAGGUCGCCGAAGUCACCCAGGUCAACCUUCCCACCACCGCCGGCAACAUCGGUGUUUUGGCCAACCACGUCCCCACCAUUGAGGAGCUUACCCCCGGUGUUAUUGAGGUUAUCCAGGGCAGCGAGACCAAGCAGUUCUUUGUCCCCGGCGGCUUUGCUUCUGUGUCUCCCAACUCUGAGCUCAACAUCAACGCUAUCGAUGCCUACCCGCUUGAGGACUUUUCUGCCUCCGAGGCCAAGAACCUGCUUUCCGAGGCCCAGAAGAACGCUAGCUCUUCCGACGAGGCCGUUGCUGCCCAGGCCAAGAUCGAGGUCGACGUCCUCGAGGCCCUGGUCGCGGUUGCCAAAUAG